GACUGCGCGCCCGGAGCCCGUUCCGCGUCCCCGCCGCCGGGAGGAGGUGCCCGCACGCUCGCGGCGCGCGCCGGGCCGCCAGACUCGGCCUGUGGGCGAUUUCCUCCGGACCCAGGUUCCCCGCCCGAGGAGGAAGAUGCAGACCUUUCUGAAAGGGAAGAGAGUUGGCUACUGGCUGAGCGAGAAGAAAAUCAAGAAGCUCAAUUUCCAGGCCUUCGCCGAGCUGUGCAGGAAGCGAGGGAUAGAAGUUGUGCAGCUGAAUCUUAGCCGGCCGAUCGAGGAGCAGGGUCCCCUGGACGUCAUCAUCCACAAGCUGACCGAUGUCAUUCUUGAAGCUGACCAGAAUGACAGCCAGUCCCUGGAGCUGGUGCACAGGUUCCAGGAAUACAUCGAUGCCCACCCUGAGACCAUCGUCCUGGACCCCCUCCCUGCCAUCAGGACCCUGCUUGACCGCUCUAAGUCCUACGAGCUCAUCCGGAAGAUUGAGGCCUACAUGGAAGAUGACAGGAUCUGCUCGCCACCCUUCAUGGAGCUCACCAGCCUGUGUGGGGAUGACACCAUGAGGCUGCUGGAGAAGAAUGGCCUGGCCUUCCCAUUCAUUUGCAAAACCAGAGUGGCUCAUGGCACCAACUCUCAUGAGAUGGCCAUUGUGUUCAACCAGGAGGGCCUGAAUGCCAUCCAGCCCCCCUGUGUGGUCCAGAAUUUCAUCAACCACAAUGCUGUUCUGUACAAGGUGUUUGUGGUCGGCGAGUCCUACACCGUGGUGCAGAGGCCCUCACUCAAGAACUUCUCUGCUGGCAUGUCAGACCGUGAGUCCAUCUUCUUCAACAGCCACAACGUGUCAAAGCCAGAGUCGUCAUCGGUCCUGACUGAGCUGGACAAGAUCGAGGGCGUGUUCGAGCGGCCCAGUGAUGAAGUCAUCCGGGAGCUUUCCCGGGCCCUGCGGCAGGCCCUGGGCGUGUCACUUUUCGGGAUCGACAUCAUCAUCAACAACCAGACCGGGCAGCAUGCUGUCAUCGACAUCAAUGCCUUCCCAGGCUAUGAGGGCGUGAGUGAGUUCUUCACAGAUCUCCUGAACCACAUUGCAACUGUCCUGCAGGGCCAGAGCUCAGCCAUGGCAGCCGCGGAGGACAUGGCCCCACCAAGGCACAGCAAGCUCCCGGCCGAGCAGGCAGGUGGCCUAGCAGGCGAGCGGACGUGCAGCGCCAGCCCUGGCUGCUGCAGUAGCGUGACGGGCCGGGACGCGCCCUGGAAGGCUGAGGCCGACGCAGGCAGCACCACCAAGCUGCCACACCAGAGACUCAGCUGCACUGCUGGCGUGUCGCCCAGCUUCCAGCAGCACUGUGUUGCUUCCCUGGCCACCAAGGCCUCCUCCCAGUAGCCAUGGUGCCAGGACCCAGAGGGACGGCGCGGGGCGCGGAGCACACCCGCUGGGCAAGCAGCUACUACUAAGAAUUCCCAAUGAUCUGAUUAUUCUUUUUCUUAAUCUUUAACCUGAUUUUCUGAUGUCAUGAUCGGAAUGAGGGGUGGGGGAAGGUGGAAAAGAACACCAAGUGGUCCAGCCUCAUGGCAAAGGGAUGUCCCGCCUGAUUCCUGCUGUGCAGAUGUCCUCACCGAGUUUACACACGCUUGUGUUUUCAACACUAGGUCUGAAUGUGAGGUGGGGGUGUGUGGUUGCCGUGCAAGUGUGUGUGCAUAUCCGUGUCUGUUGGUCUCCAUGGCCGGGCCUCUGGGGACCCUGGAGAGGAGGCUUCCUGGCCAGACUGCCUGGCUGCGCAGAGCAUGUGGACAGGUGGUUCCUUUCUAGGACCCCGUAACCCGACUGCCCCUCUUUGUUUUCCCUCUGGCUGGUCUCCUGUGAGCUGCACUCGGCCAGGUGUGCCGCUCACCAGCGCUCCCCAAAGCCAGAGGAGGCACCCCCCUGGGGAGCUCUGGGCUGGGGCCCUGGGCUCCACCGCACCUGCCCUGACAGGGAAAGGAGCUUUCCAUGGGCUGAGGUCAAGGCCCCAGCUGCUGCCACUCUUCACACCCCAGUGCACCCAGCACAGGGGCCUAGGCUGAUUCCAAGCCUGUGCCAAGGAUUUGUGCUGUGAUUUGGAGCAAAUCAUUCCAAAAGUCUCCAGGCCUUCGUCUCUUCGUCUCUAGUGGAUAUUCAAGCCCCAAGAACCUUGAAGUGCCCUGCUUCUCUGGGAGGUUGUCCAGUGAGGACCAGGCAUGGGGGCCUCUGCUUGGUGCUGUGGGGAUUGGAGGCCCUCCUUCCAGGCAUGGGGAGGCUACCUGUACAGUUCACUCCUGAUCACACUGGCCAGGCUCCUCCUUACCCAGCAGGCCAGUCCCCCUCUCCUGUGUGCAUUCCAAGCCCCCAAGCACUAGGCCAGCCAGGUGCCAGGGACUACACCUCCCCUACCUUAGGCACCCCCAUUGCCAUGGUAAGAGGCAAAACCCCAGCUCUCCAGCCUGACCCCAAGGUCCCAGGAGACCAGCAGCCCACUGCAGAGAAUAGGGGGUGGGCGAGGAGCUUUCUUAAUCCCUAGAAGGUAUGGGACACUGGGUGAGGUGUGUGGGGCCCCCUGAAGAUGGUUUUGUGUCUUAAGAUACCAGUUCACUCUUGAGAAAAAGAGCUCUAGACUGUCCUCUGACCAAUAGGACAGGACACUGGAAGGAGAGCUAUGUGCCAAGAGAGUCUGUGGAGUGGCUCAGUGGGGCAUGGGAGGCACCCCCUUUGAGAAAGGAGGGGCUGGGCCUAAAAGAGGAAGAAGUCAUCGGACUGGCCAGAUAUUUUGGAAACUGAGGGCCCAAUGACUAACCACGUUUACACAACUUGAGUGUUGAACCCUGAUUAAUGUCUGUAUGUCGCCUUUCCUAGUUCUGAUCCCAAGCCCAGGGAAGCAGGAAAGUGUGGCUGGCCUCUUGCACUGCUUUGUCUCCAAAAUAAACUACUGAAAUCAAACUGCAUUUCACACGUGUUUACAAAGUAUUGAGUUUGUUAUGUCUUUCUCCCAGUCCUUAAAGAGAUGUAUAAUAAAACAGCUUUACCUUUUAAAAA